CCCUAACGGCAGCAGGUAGAAGGGGAAGAGGAAGGUGGAGGGCGGCAUAGCGUUCGAAGAGUAUUGUCCGGCCUAAAUACAUACGAAGAAGAAGAGGAACAGGAAGAAAAGCAACAUCGUCACCAAGCCUAGUACGAAGACUGCUGACUAUUUGUGAAACAAUGGCAGAGACAGCAGAACUGAGAUGAGCUGAAGACCCGAGGAGAGGACACUUCACUGCAGACUUUAGGUGACACCUGUUGAGAAGCUUGAGCUGCAAGUCAGUAGAAUCAUGGAGGAUGACUCCAGGCCUUUGCUGAGUUCAGAGCAGACUGGAGAGGACUACUUGCAAAGAGACUCCACAAAUUCGCUAGACUUCAGAACUAAAAGGCCUUUCCAUGUGGAACGCAAGAACAUUAUAAAUGAUGGCCCACAAGAGACAGUAUCUGCUGAGGCUGCUGUACUCAACAGCAGAUUACACUACUACAGCAGACUCAUGGGGUCUUCUGAUCGACAAUUGAGUCCUCCAGAUCAUGUGAUUCCCCAGCCAGAUGAGAUCUACAUCUACAGUCCACUGGGAACAGCUUUCAAGGUCCCAGGCAGUGACCAUACCUCUAAAAACCCCAGUAUCAUCACCAUAUUUGCUAUAUGGAACACAAUGAUGGGUACAUCUAUACUCAGCAUGCCUUGGGGUAUAAAGCAGGCUGGUUUCACUCUUGGAGUCUUCAUUGUCAUCUUCAUAGGCCUGCUGAUGCUGUAUUGUUGUUAUAUUGUCCUCAAAUCACCAAAGUCAAUACCCUGUGUGGACACAUCAGACUGGGAAUUCCCUGAUGUUUGUCAGUACUAUUUCGGAAAAGUUGGUCAGUGGUCCAGCUUGAUGUUCUCUAUGGUGUCACUUGUUGGAGCUAUGGUAGUCUACUGGGUACUCAUGUCCAACUUCCUCUUCAACACUGGACAGUUUAUUUACAACCAUGUUCACAAUAUCAAUGUGUCAGAUUCAGAGUUGGAAACCAAUGGCUCAGAAAAAGUCAUCUGCCCUUACCCAAAUACUAACCCUGGAGGGAACAACACCAUCAGCACCCUUUACCUCAGUGACAAUGGAAAUAUGUCUGAUGUGAACCCUUUUGAACGCUACUGGAGUAAAACCAACACUGUCCCCUUCUAUCUCAUCAUUCUGCUCCUUCCACUGCUCUGCUUACGCUCAGCUUCCUUCUUUGCAAGAUUCACUUUCCUGGGCACCAUAUCAGUGGUCUACCUGAUUGUAUUGGUCACUGUCAAAGCUGUCCGCCUUGGCUUUCACCUGGAAUUCCACUGGUUUGACAAAACGGAAUUCUAUGUUCCAGAGUUCAGAUUGCUCUUCCCUCAGCUCACUGGUGUUCUCACUCUCGCCUUCUUCAUUCACAACUGCAUCAUCACAUUAAUGAAGAACAACAAGGACCAAGAGAACAAUGUGCGCGACCUGUCUGUGGCUUAUCUUUUAGUGGGGCUAACCUACCUGUAUGUUGGAGUGUUGAUCUUUGCUGCUUUCCCCUCUCCUCCUCUCUUUAAAGACUGCAUUCAGCCAAACUUCCUGGAUAACUUCCCCAGCAGUGAUAUUAUGGUGUUUGUGGCUAGGACCUUCUUGCUUUUCCAGAUGAUUACUGUAUACCCCCUGUUGGGUUAUCUGGUGCGGGUUCAGAUGAUGGGUCAACUAUUUGGAAAUCAUUAUCCCAGUUUCCUUCAUGUUCUGAUACUGAACAUCUUAAUUGUUGGAGCUGGUGUCCUGAUGGCCACAUUUUAUCCCAAUAUAGGAUCCAUCAUACGAUUUUCUGGAGCAAUUUGUGGAUUGGCUUUAGUGUUUGUAUUUCCCGCAUUAGUCCACAUGAUCACCCUGAGACGGCAGGGGAUGCUGAGGUGGACGUCAGCGAUUUCCCACAGUUUACUAAUCUUGCUGGGUGUGGCCAACCUGGUGGCUCAGUUUUUCAUGUAGAAGUAGCUAGUUAAUCUUUCAGAUUUAAGAUUAAUAAAUAUGAAGAAGAAUUCAGUUGACAAUCUGACAUUAUUUGAAGAAACAUGAAUCAAAUCAGCUACUCAGAUAAAUGUUUGUUUGUGGUAGUUAAAUUGGCUAUCACAAGAAGUUACUGUUGAAUAUUAGGGCAGUAAUACAGGUUAAUAACAGGAAUUCAGUGUUUUUGUUUGGUAUACAUUCAUUUUUAUUUUCUUCAUGUUAUCCAGCCUUUUUCUCUGUGAUCACAUCUUCCUCUGAGAUCUGUUCACAAACUGUAGUUUCAACAGACAAUUUCAAGAGAUGCCCUGCUAGUCGUAUACCAUAUUGUACACUGUGUUGAAACACAGAUGUGUCAAAUGGGUGUGAGCAUUGGGUUUACAGUUACCGUAUAUAUAGUUUUGGCAACAGUUUCCUAGGAAAAAGCCAAGAGUGCACUUUAUUCAAAACUAAAACAGAACCAGCCAGAAUUAAACUGGAUCUAGUGAACAAAAUGGAAAAUUUAACAGGUGAAGAUUUAUAAAUAUUCAUUCUGUUUAGGCCAAAGUGAUGUGGACACAAAUACUAGUCCAAUUGAAUAACAUUAGCUCUCUAUAGUUCCUUAACUGUAACUUGAUAGGGCUGGAUUACAGCAGUCACAGUUAUAUCUUGCUGAUAGUAACUAUCAACUAUUGACUUAUGUAUUUUUUAAUUAUAAAUAACAUCUGGCCCAGCCAUAGGAUAAUUAACUGCGGCCUUGAUUUGUUUUAAAUGUAUACUAUAUUUUACUAAUGAUUGGAUAGCUAAAGGGAUGAUGUGCAUGGAAAGAGUCUGUAUUAACUUUAAUUUUCACAUUUUUUUUAAUCAUCAGUAUCAGUGUGAAAAAUAAUUUUGGUUUAAGGCAAAUUUUAGUACUGUGGGCAUUAUUAUGUGUAACAUUGCAUUCACUGAGGUCACAUGCCGAUCAAAAUGCACUGUGGUAAAAAGCAAGCAAUAACUCAGUAUUAACAAUUGUUAUAGCAGGGUAAUAUUAGACUAUUAAUAACUAGUUUUGCCUCAUAGGCAUGUUUGCAUGUUACCCAUACCCAUAGUUUUUGGCCCCUUCUUUCACAUUUUAGUCUAAUAUGUUUCAGCAAUAACAAUUGUUGAUACAAGCUAUUACUUGGUCUAUACCUUGGUAUUUCUUGUGUUAUUUGAGUAUUGCAGCGUUUAGACAUUACACCAGUAUUAUCAUGUUAAUACUGAGCUGUUAUUAAGUCCUGUCAUAAUAGUGAACAAAAUUAUAAAUAUCAAUGUGGGGUUUUCAGAUUGGUUCAGAGUGAUUUCCCUUUCCACACAGCAAAAAUGAACAGAAAUGUUGGGUGUAAGGGAAGAUAAGGUGCUGCGAAA